GGGUAAUGGCGGCUGGGGAGGCUGAGGCGGGCCCGGAGGAGGGGACGCGGGUGAUAAUGGCGGCUGGGGCAGGCUGAGACGUGCCUCGGGGGAUGGGAAUCCAUGGCCUGGCCAAGCUCAUUGCCGACGUGGCUCCUAAUGCCAUCCGGGAGAACGACAUCAAGUCUUACUUCGGCCGGAAGGUCGCUAUCGAUGCCUCCAUGAGCAUCUACCAGUUCCUGAUCGCCGUGCGGCAGGGAGCUGAAGUCCUUCAGAACGAGGAGGGUGAGACCACGAGCCACCUCAUGGGCAUGUUCUACCGGACCAUCCGCAUGGUGGAGAACGGCAUCAAGCCCGUUUACGUCUUCGAUGGCAAGCCCCCGCAGCUGAAAUCAGGGGAGCUGGAAAAGCGGACUGAGCGCCGGGCAGAGGCCGAGAAACACUUGCAGGAGGCUCAGGAGGCCGGGGAGGAAAACAACAUUGAGAAAUACAGCAAGAGGCUGGUCAAGGUGACCCAGCAGCACACUGAGGAGUGCAAGAAGUUGUUAACGCUGAUGGGCAUCCCCUAUGUGGAAGCACCAGGGGAGGCUGAGGCCAGCUGUGCUACGCUGGUGAAGGCUGGGAAGGUCUACGCAGCCGCCACGGAAGAUAUGGAUUGCCUGACCUUUGGCAGCCCCAUCCUGAUGCGGCAUCUUACUGCCAGCGAGACAAAGAAGCUGCCCAUCCAGGAGUUCCACCUGAACCGUAUCCUGCAGGAUCUAGACCUGACCUGGGAGCAGUUUGUGGAUCUGUGUAUCCUCCUGGGCUGCGACUACUGCGAGAGCAUCCGUGGCAUCGGGCCCAAGCGUGCUGUUGAGCUCAUCCGGGAGCACAAAACCAUUGAGAAGAUCGUUCAGCAGAUAGACACCAAGAAAUACCCUCUGCCUGAGAACUGGCUGCACAAAGAGGCCCAGAAGCUCUUUCUAGAGCCUGAUGUGGUCAACCCCGACACCGUUGAGCUGAAGUGGACCGAGCCGAAUGAGGAGCAGCUCGUCCAGUUCAUGUGUGGGGAGAAACAGUUCAACGAAGAGCGGAUCCGCAACGGGGUCAAGAGGCUGAGCAAAAGCCGGCAGGGCAGCACACAGGGCCGGCUGGACGACUUCUUCAAGGUCACGGGCUCCAUCACGUCAGCCAAGCGCAAAGAGCCGGAGACCAAGGGGUCAGCAAAGAAAAAAGCCAAAACCAACAACACCACAAAGAGCAAAAAGGGGAAAUAGCCAGACUGGCCGCCUGCAAACCCCUCUGAUGAGUUUUUACUCUCGACCAGGAAUUUUAGGCUAAUAACAAACGGUCGUUUUUUCUGUUCUGCUUGUUAGUGCUAGGAAGGAUCAUGCUAAACUGCUUCCCAACAAGACUAGGUUAGUGGAUCAGAUAAGUGUGUUACUGCGCAUCAGUAGUAACGUAGGAAGCUGGGAGAGGAAAAUGCUGAAACAACUGCGGGGGGGGGGGGGGGGCAGGCGGGUGAGGAACCAGGGGGUCGCAUCCAGCAGUUCAGCACCAGCGUUCAGCCAUUUGAGACUUGAUGAGGAAGCCACUGGGACUGGGGGUGAUUCCCAGGCUGUGGAGUGAAAGGGAGGUGUUGAUCACAAACAACCUCUCUGAUUUAAGGGGGGGUGGGGGGGGGGCAGAAAAAGGCAAACUGGGUACAAAUGAUAGAGAUUUCUACCUGACACGAUCCAUCCAAAAAGAGAUAGGUGCAAGGAGCAGAGUCUGAAGGAGAAACUGGGGAGAUGUGAAUGGAAGGCAGGCUGGAGUUGGGAAGGAGGCUUGAAAUGAGGAGGUGAACUUCUCCCAUUACUGAGGUUUGGGUAUAGGUUCUUCCUUCCCUUAUUGUAGUCAUUUUGCUUAAAAAAAAAAAAAAAAAAAAAAAAAAAAAAGUUGUAAUCCUGGUUCCAGCAAAGUUCUGGCCCACUCUUAAUGCACAAACCAAGGACAAGCUGAGCUGAGACUGCAGCUCUCCAGGCCUGAAUUUUGCUGCUAGGUGUUGGUUCAUGUUUAAAAAGAAAAAUGUCAGUAAACCUAGAAGGGAAGCCUGUUCACUCCCUGAUUUCAUGAGGCAAUCCUUCUGUGUUGUACAUGCAGAGACAGGUCCCAGGCUAAGAAGAAAAAAGAUAGCGUCUCUUAUUUUUCUUAUUUUAUUCUGUAUUUUGCAUAGUCUUUUCCUCUUACUUGUCAAAGCAGUGUGCUGGGUUUUGUUUUCAGAAUAAAAUUUAUACCCAACUACAA